CGAGUACCUACUUUAUCUCGCUAAUAUAGGUUGUUUAACUGCGGGCGCAGCGGGCUGCUGCUUCCACUACUCCGCAACAAGUCGGCUUACUGGACUCAGCAAACAGCACCUGAGCUGGUGGAAUGAGGUCAGCCUGCACAACUAUUAUGGGGAAAGGCGUGGUUCUUUUCGAUUCGGUGUCAGGGGGAGGAAGAGACCAGGGCCUCACACUCUAUACAUUAUAUGAGACAGAUUUGGAGGCUGUAGCUUAGGACGAGGGGGGCCGAGGUAGACCUGAGUUGUUUAGUUCCGCUGCAACCGAUCAGAAUCAGCUGCUAGCUGUGACAAAGAGGGCACCCUUACACUACCCCAGUCAUGUGAGCUUUUUUGGGCCAAGUGGUAAGUACAGAAGACGUUUUUAGAGGAGGACUUUUAUGGUGUCAAG